GUUUCAAUAAUCAUAAGGCGUUAUCACUCUUACAUUCUAGAUUUCGAUGGAUCCAGGUGUUUCCCAGUUAGCGAUUGAAUGCCAACAUAUAAGUAAUGUGACGAAAGAACUCGAGUUUCUCUCACUAUUGCUCACACACGCUACAUCUUACAAUAGUAUGGAAAUCAAUAAUUUAAAUAGCAAUAUGCCUGAAACAAGCGGCAUGAAGACAUUCUUCAGGAUUUUAAGUCGUAUAUGCAGGGAUUGUGGAGGCAUUUGGACAGUAAACGAAGAGUUGGAUUGGUUGGUAUUCUAUUUAUUUGCUCGUUGCUAUGGAUGGAGCGACAUUGAUUUAAAUGAUGUGCGAUCCCAGAUGCUGGUACCAUCAACGGGACAUAGGUAUAGAAACGUAUCAAAAGAUGAAGAGCUGAGAAUGAAAGAUAAAGUCAUCCAAAUCACCACGGAGCUAAUUUAUUUGAUAAGAAGUCUUCCCCUUUCUCUGGCUGGUUUAAAAAUGCUCAUCAGUUCUAUGAAUUUAGCUCGUGGAAUGCACCAUACUCGAAAGCAAAUGGCGUUACAUGCUAUCGAUUGGUUGACGUUUGGAUUACAAACGGAUGGGGGAGGUGUGAAGGCAACUACAAGUCCUAGAUUUACUCAGAAAAUUUCUACAACACAGCCAUUUCUACCAGAAGAUUCAACUCCAGAAAGCAUGUUUAUGACGGUAAAAGUAGGUAUCAAAUGACCAACUGAAUAAAAAAGUAGGACACUAUACGUAUUGAUUGAAAAUAAAUUCAUGUGGUCAUCGUAUUUUAUGAACAUUUUCAGCGUUGUUCUCCACUAAAUUCCCUGACUUCUGAUUCGUUUUUCAUUCUAAUUAAUCUUUGUCACACUAACUAACCUUGGGUAUAUUUACUUUACUUAGAAAAACUAAUGACCAAUUUUUAUCUAUCUCCAAUGUUUAGUGGAUGGUGGUAAUGCUGAGUGGAUAGUCAAGAUUAUUUAUCAUUAAUAAAAUUAACAGUCCUUUGUCUAGUUUAAGUUAUUAUUCAGGACAAUUUAUAAAUAGUUAGUUUUAAAAUAUUAUGGACCACAGUCUUGACAUAUUCUAAAAGAAUAAGAAAUCAGAGGGCUGAGUAUUUCGUUUAGUUCGGUUAACUAUUAAAAUUCAGUAGCUGUAAUCUACUCAUGAUCAUCAUAAUUUCAACUGACAGGUAAGAAAUUUGUGUGAAUUUGCCCAUUAAUACUAUUUUUGAAAUAGCAAGAUGUCUGAAGGGAAUAGCAAAGGGAUAUCAAUUUACUCUAAGACCAAUCAUGUGUAGAAAUGAUUUUGCUGUGCACAUUAAGAUGUUUUUCUUGUUAUUUUGUUAAGGUCCAAACUACGAAUCUAUCGCACAUUCCAGAUGGCAAUGUGUUGUACUACACGUGGUUAAAUGGGUUAGUAGAUUUUCUCACGUAGCUGCAUUAGUACUCUAGUGUUUUUAUAUUUAAUAGUUUCAAAUAAUAAACAAUCUCUAUCAACAACAUAUUUGAAUGCUCUCAAAAAUUGUUAUUUUCGAUCACAUAUUCUCUAUGACGUGAUUCCAGGAUAAUAUUCGUUCACACGAAAUCCUCAUUUGUGAUUGGUUAUCAUAAACAUCAGUUAGGCCGAAAAGUUUAGUGGUAAUAAAGAAAUAUUUGUUAUCACGACUUUAAUCACUAAUAAUGUUGACAUUUACUUAUAAAACACUGUUCAGUAAUUACAAAGUUAUGGGUGGCAUACAGUCAGGUUACACGAACCAACUAUAAUAUAUCAACUUUAUUCACAUAGUGAGUGUUAUGAGGCUAUAACUAGAAUGUUUAUAUUCAAUUGAUCUAUUUAUUUUGUGUAUUACAGCGUAGUCCGUUUACUAGUUUUCAGCGUUAAUUCCGGAGAGUUUGUUCAAUUUUGGUGCUACUAUGAGCUACGAAACCGUUUCAGCUCAGAUGAUAAUUCAGUUCUACUUACAUAACUAAGUGAACUGAAUUGGGUUUAUGACUCCCAGUACCUGAAACAGAUUUUGAAAGAAAUCUAAAGACUAUCAGAGUUUUCUUUUGAAACGAGAUUUGUUUGAAUAACAUUUAACGCUGUAAAGUAAAAAGAAAGUCUUCAGAUUUAAAGCCAGUUAAUAGUGUUACAGCUGAACAGUGGUAGCUAUUACUUAUUAUAACAAAAACUACCACUUGUUAAAUGUGUAAUUGGUAAAAGGAAUAUUUGACUAGAUCAUUUGUUUCACACAGCUUUUGUCUAUUUUGUGAAUGUUUAACCGAAAAAAUUGUUAUCUAUUUCAGCUUGAUUACUUAACUCUAUUUAGGCUUCUGUAACUAUAGGACAACUUGAGUUCGUGUAAAGUAAUGAUUACUGUUUAUAUAUCCUAUUUAAUAAAUGCUAUACAAAAUGUGAAAAGACAAGAAAACAGUUGGAAAAGACGCUCAUAGAUAAAUAUGAUUCAAUCCUAGUACGUAUAUAAUAGUUUGACGUCAGGAUGGUGUUCAGACAAAAACGAAAUGUAUGACUACUUCUGUACUAACUAGAAAUAUUCGACUUUUCACUAACCUUGUUUCUGUUGACUACUCUAAUGGAAUCUAGGAUCUUAUUUGGAAUUGUUGUACCGAUAAUAAUCGUAGUAUCCGAAUGGGGACUUUGGGACCAUUAUAUAUCCUGUUUGGGCAACUUUCGACAAAUACUAUUAUACGAUUGAUCAAGCUAUCAGUUGAGGUAAAUUCAUGUAUAACGAAAACAUUUUCAAUGUUUUACAUUUUACAAUAUAACCAUUCAUGUCAGACAUAAAUAAAACAAUAUCUUGAAUUCUAUGUAACUGACAGUAUGUCAGGGAACAUAAAUGGGUGCUUAUUGACAAAGAUGCUGUCUGUUAUUAGUAGGCUUCGUGAUUCGCAAGGUAUAUCUGAUAUAAUAUUGUGUUUUAUUGUCACAAAGAAUGUGCUAUUUUAUAAUACGUUCCAACAAAUUAUUUUCAGAAUACAAUUUACUCCUCUCAAUAAGUUUUAUUCAUCCAUUAAGUUAUUUCUUUAAAUUUGGAGCUCUAGUGAGAUGCCAUAAUCACCAAGGUUCAACCAUGUUGGGGAACUAGUCAGGUAUCGCUAAUUCCAAUGGAUAAAAAUUGCGUAAUAUAGCGAACGAACUAAUGCUAAAAAGUUAAACAAAAUUACAUGGCGUCCCGUACGAUCCGCGAAUUACCUGGUUCCCGCGAUGCCCGAAGGUCCCAAGUUCCAUCCUUGUGGGCCAGCUUGGAAUGGAUGUCCAGUGCCUCAUGGUUUUUGGUAGUUGUGUAACAAAAGUUGACCACUGACGUAUAAUACAAACUGAACAAUCUCGAAAAAUCCCCUGUACUCAUUUUAACAGGAUAUUACUAUCCAUAUAGUGAUGGAAAGUUUCUAUUAUCCGAAAUGAAAACCUUGUGGAUUUUUAGGUAUUCUUACCACUAGUUUGAAAUUAAGUAUUUUCACCAGUUUAAGGAAAACAUUCAUACAAUGUAAAUAAGAUUGUUUUGUCAAUGUUAAACAAUAUCAUGUCUUCAGCUUUCGUGUGGUCGAUUAUACCUAUUUUAAAAACUUCUGUCCGUUGCAGUGUAAAUUUUUGUUUCAUUAUUGCUUAAACAGAGUUCAAUUAACUGAUUUAAAAAACAAGAUUAAUUUACAA